AUAAUUCUUAAAAUAUUAUCUGAUUAUUUAUAUCGGUUUCCAUGCUGUAAAUUUAGUGUUUAGUCAGAGAUUGUCGGUGUCCCUUUAGAAGUAAUUAUACUGUGAAACAAUUUAUGAUCCUUAUUGUAGUUUAGCAUUUAAAGAGAAACUUUAACUUUGGCGUGGGCCUUGAUUUUCUUUCUAAAAACACGAUUUUUUCAAAUGCAUUCGAACAGGUGUGCAUUUCGUUCGCUUCUUCCUUUCACAUCACUGUGUGUGUAUUAAUCUUGUGACCACAAAUGAAAUAGAGCCAGUGGCGCUCAGACAUGCAAACAUUUCGGCACUUCUUAACUCCAAAUAAAACUUUUUUGUAUUUCACUGAAACAAACAUGAUUCAUUCACAAUUACAACAAUAAUUACAUUUCUGUUAGGGUUACGAGGAAAGCAUCUUAUCUAUCUGUGUGUGAAAUUCACAUUUACUUAUGUCUUGAACAUACUGUACACUCAAAAAAAAUAAAUGUGUUGCGGUUUCUUGUUCUAUAACACAAAAGGUUAAUAAAUAGUCUGUAUCCGUCCGAAACUAAAGCCGGGAAAGGAAGAGAGAUUUAAAAUUAAAAAAAAAAAGAAAAAAAAAAGGAACCGGAAGAAAAACACCGGAAGGGGAGGAGCCUUGGAGUCCAAAACGGAACUCGCGCCAAAUUGCGAAGUGUUCAAAUCGUUGGCAGGCAGCAGCUGUCGGCGGGCAGGAUGAACGCGUCGGACCGCUUCUUCGCGAAGCUGCGCAGCCUGGCCCUGACCCUGGAGAGCGAAACCGUUCAGCUCCAACAGACACAGAAAAACCCGGGUGAUGGUGGCACCCAGGGGGCCUUGAAGGUUUUGUGUGAACUUCACACUGAAGUCAGGGACCUGAAGGGGAAGGUACAGGAGGAGCUGGCGUGCUGGACAGCGGAGGAGAAGGAGACGAGGGCAUUCAUCCGCGCUUGUCUGGUACUGAAGCAGCGAACGACAGAGGAUCUGCGCAGGAUCCAGAGGCACUACGAGAAAUAUGGCUACAGACCCCUGGACAGCACCGUUAAGCCCACUGAGGCCAAAGGUCCUGAGAAGGACCCCAGGGCCCUAGUGGUGGAACAAGAUGGAGAUGGAGGAGUGCAAGAGCAGGAGGGUAAGGAAGGACAAGACGCAAAGGAGGCUGAUGCACUUCAACAGCCAGCCAGCUGCAGGACCCCUGUGGCGCCCCCUCCCCCUACGCCCGACACCAUGCGCACCCCCCGCCUCUCUGACUUUGGCCUGUCUGGAUUCCAACCCAUGGAGUCUGUGGGAGCUCUCUCCGCGGGGUUUCGCCCGACCAUCGCUAUUGAGACACCACCCCUCCUCGACCCACCCAAAAUGCCCAAAACGCCAAAGUGCGUCCUGCAGAUGGACGAGGACGCCCCCACACCUCGUCUGGAGGACUUUGGCAUCUCCGAGUACACCACGUGCUUCAACAACGACUUCACCAUGGAGCUGCUGCGCAAGCAGCCUGCCAAGGCCUGGAGUGACUCGUGUGUUUUGUACAGGGACACUGCAGCACCCGCCGAUGCGGGACCUGAUCAGAAACCGGCCAACUGCUCCACUGCAGCCACAACGGCCCCGCCAGGCCACAGCCAGGAGGCCCUUGAGCUGCACUCUGUCAAGCUGCCAGAUUUUUGUACCCCGGUGUCAAAGGUCAACCAGAAGCAGACCCCCCAUUCCCCUCCUGAUGACUUGCUCGGCUCUGCUCUGCAGCUCUCACCCGAGCUGCCUGUGUUUGAGACGCCAUAUGUCAGCAAGCUCAUGAGUACUGUGAAGUCCACUAAGAUGGCAAGUUCGGACUCUGCUGCUACUGAUGAAGUGAAGACCCAUCCCCCCAGUGGAGAUGCAGAACAUGACAAGACCUCGUUGUGUGACCUCCCCAGCAUGGCAGCCAGGCCUGUACCAAGGGAAGAGUCCACACCUGAGAUGCCAGUUUUGGAGACUUUCAUCACCAGCUCUGUGGCUCCUGGGAAUGAGAAUGUCAGCAGCAGAGUGGCUAUGUUCGUGGAGAACGAGCCCCAGCUCCCUGACCUGCAGAGUCAUCCCGAGGAGUGGGACCUCUUGUCCCCGCCGCCACAAUCCAGCCAAACCCUGCACCUUCCGGCUCCCGACACGCCACAGAUGCCUGAUGUCAGUCUGUUCACUCAGGACAUCAUCAAACUCCUGUCUCAGUCAAACACACGGACUCCUGCCAUGGUUCCGCCUAGUCCCAAAUCCACAGUCCUGCGGUCACCCACAGCUGCCAGCGGAAAGGAAAACAGGUCACAAGUUCUCGCCCCCGUGUCAGAGGAUGAGUUUGCGGCUCUGCCAGGAUACCUGCGCCAGAUGCCCCUGAGCAGCAUGAACCAGGCCAUCGGGAAGAUCAACCGUGCUGUGAUGGAUAAGCACUGCACAGGUGCGAGGGAGACUCCCUCCUUCAUGAUGGAGGAGCUUAAGAGGAUCACAAGCACUGGGGUCAAGGCCCACUUAUACAUCCUGUGUCUCACAGAGCUUGGGAGGCUGCAGCAAGUGCAGGAGGAAAGUUCUGGUCUUGUGUUCAGGGUCCUCGGCCAGGUUCAAGGCAGAGACAAGAAUGCUACCUUAAGGACACCCUGCUGAGUAUAUGAGGGUCCUCAGUGUGGGUUGCACCACUGCAAUUUUGGUCUUGCAUUUCCUGAAAAAUGUACAUAAUCCUAUUACUAAAAUAGAA